UUCUUCGGCUGUUGCUACUUCUGCACAUGGCGGGAACAGAGAGCGCGGCGACCCCCGGGAGCUUGCUGAAUGGAGGCGGAGGUGGGGACGGACCAGAGGAGAAGCGGCCCCGGCUUGGGGCGGCCCCAGCUCCCUCCGGGUCCGGUCCCCAGGGGAACCGCGUGACGGUGGUGCUGGGCGCGCAGUGGGGGGACGAGGGGAAAGGCAAGGUGGUCGACCUGCUCAGCCUCGACGCGGACCUCGUCUGCAGGUGCCAGGGUGGCAAUAACGCAGGCCAUACCGUUGUGGUGGAUUCGGUUGAAUACGAUUUCCACCUUUUGCCCAGUGGGGUUAUCAACCACAAUGCCACGUCGUUCAUUGGGAACGGUGUUGUCAUCCACUUGCCAGGACUCUUUGAGGAAGCUGAGAAGAAUCUUAAGAAAGGGUCAGGGCUAGAAGGCUGGGAGUCUCGGACAGUGAUUUCCGACCGUGCUCAUCUGGUUUUCAACUUCCACCAGGCUGUGGAUGGAAUCCAGGAACAGCAAAGGCAGCUGCAGGGUGGCAAGAACCUUGGAACCACCAAGAAAGGAAUUGGUCCAGCCUACUCCUCCAAGGCCUCCCGAACCGGCCUGCGCAUCUGUGACCUCCUGGCGGAUUUUAACGAGUUUUCCAAGAAAUUCAAGGUCCUGGCCCAGCAGUACAAGACAACAUACCCAGCUCUCAACAUUGACACGGAGGCUGAGCUGCAGCAAUUGAAGAUUUAUGCCGAGAGGAUCCGCCCAUUGGUGAAGGACGGUGUUUAUUUCAUGUACAAAGCCCUGCAUGGCCCACCCAAGAAGAUCCUGGUCGAAGGAGCAAAUGCUGCACUCUUAGACAUCGAUUUUGGUACCUACCCAUUUGUGACAUCCUCCAAUUGCACCGUGGGAGGGGUCUGCACCGGCCUCGGCAUCCCCCCACAUUACAUCGGCAAGGUAUACGGCGUGGUGAAGGCCUACACCACCCGUGUCGGAGUUGGGACCUUCCCCACUGAACAGGACAAUGAGAUCGGCGAGGAGCUGCAGUCGCGGGGGCGGGAAUUUGGCGUCACCACAGGCCGGAAGCGCCGUUGCGGCUGGCUGGACCUCGUACUGGUGAAAUACGCCCACAUGAUCAAUGGAUUUAGCGCCCUAGCUGUGACCAAGCUGGACAUCCUGGACACCUUUGAGGAGAUCAAAGUGGGCGUGGAGUACCGGCUGAAUGAGAAACGCAUUCCUUACUUCCCAGCCAACCAGGAGCUCCUCAACAAAGUAGCCGUGGAAUACAAGGUGCUGCCAGGCUGGCAGUGCAGCACCGAGGAGGCCCGCAGUUUUGGUGAUUUGCCCCCCGAGGCCCAGGGCUACAUCCGCUUCAUUGAGGAUUAUCUGGGGUUGCCAGUCAAGUGGAUUGGAGUGGGGAAAUCACGCACAUCCAUAAUCAAGCUCUUCUGAGGAUGGCAGCGAAGCGGAGCAGAGCUCACGUCUUGGAAGGAGGCGGCAGCAACCACAGGCACUGCUCCUUGUCACAGCUAUACUCAGUUCACGGACCAAUCAGCACAUGCGAAAUAUGGGGAUCUUCCCACGCCAGAGGCCAGCCUUCCACCACCUUCACUCAGCUAACAGCACUCCUCACCUCCUUGCCCACUGCAGAGGCUUGUAGCCUCAGUGUAACGGAGACUUGCUGCCUCUGAGAUCUUUCCUUUUCUUUCCAGGCUGGUUAAUGCCACACACUCCACUUUCCCCUUCUGCGUCUGGUCGUUCUUCUCUUCUCUCUCAUAAGGGCCGCUGCCGUUCUGCAUCUGGCAGCCUCGGUACUCCUGCGUCUUGUGAUGGGCAGGGACACAGUCCCCCGAAAUUGUAGGGCAUCCCCUCAUAGCAGAAAGCAAUUCCCAGAAAUGGGACAGUUAACUUCUGUUCACUCUGAGUGUGGAUUCCUGUUGCUGUCCUCCUGCACUGAAGACGGUGGCCAAAUUCAAGCCACGGUUUACCAAGCGUUGAAGAGCUGCAGCAAGCCUUGGCUGCAUGCCCUCGUUUCUCCCAUCUGCUCUUCUGGCGUGGCUACACAGAGAUUGGAAAGCUUUUGCUUCUUUCAUUGUUUCUGAUCAGCCACAGUUUAGCAUGACACCUGAACCCUAAACCGUAGCUAGGCGUUAACUUCAUUCAGUUUUGUUCAGGUGAAACAACAAACUGCGGCUCAUCGAAAAGCAGGAUCAAAAGUUUCCAUCCAUGAUGGAGGGGGAUAGAGGGGAAGUGCCUAAGCCAAUGACGUGCAGCUCAUUUCCGUCCAAUAACAUUGCCAUUGCCUUCUCUCUUUUCUCUUCUCUUCACCUGGUUUUAUGGGGAAUUUCCCAAAAGAUUUAGCAAUUUGCAUUUAACAUCCUGCCUUCUGUGAGUGGAUAUAACUAUGCAAAUCAAACCUCCCCAUCUGAUAGCAGGGCUUGGGGUUUGCGUUGACGUGCAGGAGCACUGCCUGUAAUCUUUGGAAGCCCAGGGAUGCAUUUGAGUGUUCACAGGGACUAGAAUCCUGACUAUUCUUUUUUAUUCUUUUCAACGAUAAAAGUGGAGAUUCACGGGGCCAAUAGACUAGAUACCAAAGCGUUCUCAGCACAGACUUGCACAACCACACCUUCCCAACCCAAUGAAGUAUUCCUGCCAUUUUGUGUCUACGCGUGUGUGCAUGGGUGUGUUAGAAAGCUCCCUUUGUCACAGUGUCGUCCUUGCCCCCCCCGGGGGGGCUCUAAUUUUCAGGGCAUUGUUGUGUCUGCCAAUUUUCACUGUGCACAGAAAUUAGCAAUAAAGAACAGUGGUUUAUUUUA